GAUGUUGUUAUCCUUGGAAGAAGCCUGUGAAGUGCUUGACAGCGAACUGUUCCAGUACUGUAGUCCCUUAACAGCUGGGCAGAGGUUGCUGAAUCCCAGAAGAGCCUGCCAGCAGAAACAAGGCUGCGAGCUCACUGCCAAUACCAAAUCCUACACGUUUCAGGUGGACGAGGAAGAUGACUCCGACCACAUUUUGGCCCUGUCUGUGGUCUGCCUCACGGAUGGUGCCAAGGACGAGUGCAAUGUGGUGGAGGUUGUUGGACGAAACCACGAGAACCAGGAGAUCGCUGUGCCUGUGGCAAACCUGAAGUUGUCAUGCCAGCCCUUGCUGAGUCUGGACAACUUCAAGCUCCAGCCUCCGGUGACCUUCCGCCUGGCAGCAGGCUCUGGCCCAGUACACCUCACCGGCUGGCACCGGAUAGUGCACAGGGAAGAUGCUUCCUUUGAGGAGGACGAUGACUUGUCUGAGGAGGAGGAGGAGGAGGAGGAACUUGCUCCUAUCAUGCCAGCCAAGAAAUAGAAGAGGAACCAGUAACUUAUCUCUAGGCAAGGUACUCGCUGGGACUUCUCUCCCUGGAUGGCUUUUACCUCGGACACCUCUUGCCAGGACCUCAACAUUUGCUGCUUUGGUUUUUUUUGCUUUUUUUUUUUUUCUGUUUUAACUUUUUGGGGAGCAGGGGCUGCUCCCAGCACUGGGGUGUCUCCUUUCCCACAGCCCUGGGAGGUUGAUCCCAAAACUGGAUGGAUGCUGCUGGUAUAUCUCCUCUCCCCCCAUCCCUGUGCUGGGAGUCAGGGAUGGAGGAGGUGAUCCUUGCCCUGUGCCUUUUUGCUGUCCUGGACCUCUGCUCUGUGCACCCCCUCUUCCUGGCUCUAAAUACCCAGUCCUGGCCCCUUCCCCAGCAGAUGGACAGUGGUGGGACAGGCAGUUUCACUGAUUCUAGUGUGUUUGCUUUUCUUUACUCACAAUUUGUUGGUUUUUAUGCACUUGGAAGUGUGAAACCGGGGCCCAGGCUGUGUCCUCAGCUGCAGUUAUGGUAGGGUGGGAGCUCACAGCUUGUCUGAUGUGGGGGGAGGUUCUGGGUCACCCUGCUUUGUAAAGAACUGUUUUUACACUCUGAAUAAAGGUCUCUCAGGCAUCAGGGCUGGAGGGGGAUCUCUGCUGGCUACCAGGUUCCUCCCAUGCACAUUUCAGUGGGAGAUGCUCCUCCAUGUCCAGUCCCUGACACUUGCUUCCCUUGGUGAUGCUGUGGAGCUCCCAGGAGGGACUCGGGGGCUCCUCUCUUUCCCCUGUGGGCUCUGCGUGCUUGUGCCCUGCAGCUCAGCGCUGCAUCCAGGCUACUGAGGGAAGAGGCAGAGUUGCAGGCAGCUCUAUGGGGCAGGGAGCCAGAUUCACAUGUGCUCCCAAAGGUAAUCCAGCCAUCAGCAACACCCCCCUGGUUUGGGCCACAUUGACCCUGGUGCUGGACACUGUCACAGCAAGGUCCUCGCUUGUGUCCUGCUCUCAGCCCAGCAGUGCCCUGUGGAGGGGUGAAACACCAGCACCUGCAGGCUGUGGGGCAGGUUUGAGCUCUGACCUUUGUUGAGGAGUUGUAUUCCCCCGUGUCUGGGUACUUGGAGAGGGUUUGAUCCUUUCUGUGCUUCAGUCAGGUGGCACUUCUCGCGCCUGGGGGCUGGUCCUGUCCUUAAAUGUUUCUCUGGUGGUUCCCCUGCAUCCCAUCUUGGAUCACUGGCCCACGGGUGGAUGCCUGUCCCAGCCCUCCUUGUCUGUGACACUGGCUGUUAUCCCUGAGAAGCAGCAUGUACUGUUCUGCCCUGCUGGCUCUGUCGGUGCCCUGGGACCGUGAGUUUCUCAGUUGUGUGGACUCCGGUAGGAAAUCCUCCAGGGCAGAUCCUCAGCUUGGGCUCCAUCCUAGGUCGUGAGUGGGGCCGUUUCUCUCUGGGGCCUGUGCAGCUCCUUCCCACCUCCCCACUGUUCUUCCUGCCCCAAACAGCCCUUGAUCGGCUCCCCUUGACCAGCACAGAGGGAGGCUUUGAUGUCUCUUGCAGCAAAGCGGGGAAAGGACCCUUGGCAUCCCAACCCCGUGCCAUGGGACCCUGCCUGCCCGGGAGGCACCAG